AUGCUCAGCAGCAGCAAGAUCUUCGCCAUGUGCAUCGCCGCCGUGGCCCUCUCAAGCGGAGUGAACGGUGAGAAGCAGGUGGCCGAGACCUUCGGUCUGCUCGGCCUUCAUGGCCUCCACGGAGUUGGCGUAGGCCUGGGAGGAGUUGGCGUAGGCCUGGGAGGAGUUGGCGUCGGCGUGGGCCCCGGUGUGUAUGGUCCAGGCGUCGUCGGCCCCGGCGUCAGUGUCGGCGUGCCAGGCAUUGCCAGCGUCGGAGUCGGUCUUCCCAGUGUGGGCGUUGGUGGCCCCGUUGUUGGUGGUGGCCCCGCAGUUGUUGGCGGUCCCGCAGUCGGCGGCGCACCUGCAAUCUCCAACGCCAACGCCGGUGCACCUGCCACAGUCAGCGCGAACGCCAAUGCCAACGCUGAUGCUGGCCCAGGAGGCAACGGUAGCACGGUCACCAAGACGGUCACGUCGACGAACAGCGACGGAACCGCUACUGCGACCACGUCGAAGACCACUAGCGGCGCGUCGACGAGUGCGACUGCGACAGCCUCUGCUGGGGCAAAUGCGAACGGUGGUGGGAACGCAGGCCCAAGUGGUGACCCGAGUGGUCCGAGCGGAGGCCCGAGUGGAGGCCCGAGUGCCGGCCCUAGCGAUAGUGGGAAGACCGGAACCGGUGGCACAGGCGCUACGGCUCAGAAGGGAUACCGCAAGCUCCGCUCGGUGGAAUGA